AUGAGUAUUGGUCUAGAAAAUUUGAAGUCAAAAAGUUUUAUUAGAUAUUCUCCAAAGGGGGCUACAAUUUUAACCGAGAGAUUCGAAUUAUUUAAACUUUCAACGACAACUUGGAAUAAUAAUGAAAUUUUUGGGUGUGGAUUAGUUUAUCCUCCAAAUAAUAAAAUGGGUGAAGAAGAACAUCCUUAUGUCUUUUUUACACAAAAUGGAAAACAAAUUGGUAAAGGCAUAUUAUUAAUUCACAAUUUCGACGUAUAUAAACCUUAUGUUGAUCUAAAAUGUUGUUCAAUUGAGACUAAUUUUGGAAAUGAUUUGGAGACUAAACCGUUUAAAUAUGAUAUUUCAACCCAUUUAAUUAUUAAAGAAUUUUAUUGA